AUGAGCGAAUUGCGGGAAUAUCUCGAUAAGAUUACUGACGAUGACCUAAUUAAUCCGGACCACUCUGUCCAUCUCGAUAAUCUUGACAGCCUCUCGAAUUUCAGGCAGGAAUUCCACUUGCCGUGCAAACGUGAUGCUGAGAUCACCUACCUCUGUGGCAAUUCACUCGGUUUGAUGCCUAAGCGCACUCAAUCGCUUAUCGCAGAGGAACUCGACGUAUGGAAGACGCGCGCAGUUGAGGGCCACUUUGAUCAUCCAUACCAAAGGCCAUGGAAGAGCUGUGAUGAGCUUGUCAAAGGAAGCCUGGCUGCUAUCGUCGGCGCAAACGCGGACGAAGUGGCCGCUAUGGGCCAGCUUACUUCAAAUCUGCACAAGCUACUCAUUACCUUCUACAAACCAUCCGCUCAACGUUACAAGAUCGUUUUUGAAGACAACGCAUUUCCAUCUGAUAAUUACGCUCUUAAUUCCCACGCGUAUCUACACAACCUCAAUCCAGAUGAUGCUCUCAUCAGAGUGAAGCCAAGGUCCGGUGAAUCAACCCUAAGAACCCAAGACAUCCUCAGCACCCUCGAAGAGCAUGGUAAUGAGGUAGCCCUGGUUAUGUUCAGUGGUGUUCAUUUCUACACCGGCCAGCUGUUUGACAUACCUACAAUCACCAGCCACGCAAAGUCGUUCGGUGCGUAUGUUGGUUGGGAUCUCGCCCACGCCGUCGGAAACGUACCCUUAAAGCUGCAUGAGUGGAAUGUAGAUUUUGCAGUGUGGUGUAGCUACAAAUAUCUCAACAGCUCUCCUGGUGGUAUCGCUGGUAUUUUCAUUCACGAGUCUCAAACUCAAAGCCAGUGCCAAGCCGACCACAGACGGUUGGAAGGGUGGUGGGGACAUGAUCCAGAGACACGAUUUGAAAUGGGACCACACUUUUCGCCAUCUCUUGGAGCUUCGGCCUGGAUGGUCAGCAAUACACCUGUCCUCACCCUUAUUGCCCUCUACGCUUCUCUCCAGCUGUUUGACGAGGCUGGAAUGGAGAAUCUUCGAGCUAAGAGUGUUGCUCUCACAGGAUACAUGGAAAGACUGCUGAAGUAUUCCAAGCACUACACAGACAGUUCCAACGUCGAGCACAAGCAAUUCACCAUCAUAACCCCAAGUAAUCCUAGUGAGAGAGGUGCCCAGCUGUCGCUCAAGUUCAACAAGGACUACAUGCUCUUCUACAACGAGCAGCUUCAGAUACACGGCGUCGUUGGAGAUGAUCGCAAGCCUGAGGUUAUCAGACUAGCUCCAGCGCCACUUUACAACAGCUUCCGCGAUGUCCACAAGGCUGUUUCUGCACUCGACAAGAUCCUUGAUGACUUUUAA